CGCUGAUAAAAGCUUUGUCAAACUCAUGUGUUGUGUGGCUUUAGCCAAAAUCAUGACAACACGCAUAGAAAGCCCCUUUGAGUCGCGGCUAGGUCUGCCUCUUCAUUUCAAUAUUAAAACGCACUCUCUCCCAUGCAGCCCAGAACCUUGGCUCCUGCCAGGCUGCAGUUCAGUGUAUGAUAGUCUUGUCAGCUGCUCUAAAACCCCUUCACAUGAUGAUGAAAAGAUUUUUGUUGUUCAGAAGCCUCGCAGGUCAUCCAUUCUUGAGCGGUGCAUCCUGAAGAUGUCUACAGCUAGUGUUGCUGUUGGAACUGAAGACAUUGAUGGGGUCAAGAGGUCACCGUCAGGGCGACAGUGGUGCCCCCACAAUGCUGACCCGUCACAAUUUGAGAUUAAUGAGGCAGUUUUGAAGCGUAGACAAAAACAGAUUCAGUAUGGAAAGAACACGUGUGGAUACCAGAACUAUGUUCAGCAGGUUCCAAAGCGUCUGCGUGUGCCUGGGAUUCACCCUUCCACUCCAAACAAAUACCGCAAAUAUAGUCGUAGAUCUUGGGAUAUGCAAGUCCGUCUCUGGCGGAGAGCGCUUCAUGCAUGGGACCUGCCAUCUGCUUUCCAGAAAGACAUGGAGGGACAAGACCCUGUUGAUCACUUGCAGAGCUUUCUUGAGAAGAUGAACACAGAGCUGUAUGACGGUGGUGAAAAGGAGGGCACAAAAUGGGAAAUGGCGGUGGAUACCAUGUCGUCUAUUGUUUCACAAUCUUCUGAGUUGUCAGCUGAUGGUCCUUGGCUGGGUUCUAAUGCCACUCAGGUUAAAGUCCCAUGUCAUCAGAGCCAAACCUCUCAGCCUGGAUUGGGUUACGCCUUUAGCAGUCACCUAACGGCUCAGGAGAACGUCCUAGGAUGGUUGCGAUUUCUUCUUGAGAUUGACCACAACCAAAACCAGGCGCCUUUACUGCAUGAAGAGCCUUUCUGGAGAUUUAUGUAGUGUCUCAUCAAAUCAUGCCAAUGUUCUGCACAGAUCAGGUGCAAAGCUUGUUCUCCAGCCAUGUUUAAAUUACACUUGGAUCACCGUCUCCUAGUUCAGUAUGCUGUGCACUUUGUAUUUCGUAAUCAAGGCAUCCUCUCCAAAUGAAUGUUUCAAUAUUGCACUUUCAAGGACCUGCUACUUUGUUCCUCACUUUGAUUUUCUUUAAUCUUUUUUUCCCUUCAAAAGCACAGGUUCUGUUCCUUUUGUUCUGUGUUCUUAACACCCUUUCCCUCCUGUUUGUCACGUCACUGUUUUUCUAAAAACAGGAAGUUCAGAAGUUAUUUUUAUUUUUGUGUGGACCUCUAUGAAUAGGAAAAACUAAUAAAGAUGUGGACUGGCUAUAGCUGACUCUGCAUGUCAAUAAAUA